UUAGAUAAAAAAUUUAAAAUGAAUAUCUUGAUUUUAAAAGUCAACAUCUGCAUCCUAUUUGUACACUAUGUGAAAGGAUGCGUUUUCCACCCUGGUUAUUAUUUGGCUAACUAUGACUCUGGAAAUCCGGUCAUUAGUUCAGAACACGGAACCGCAGAAGCUUGUUGCGACUAUUGCCUUAGUCUAUUGGUUCAAGACGCAUUGAUAUAUGCAUUUCUUGUAAAUGCUGGACCUUAUUGCUUUUGCGUGAAAUAUAAGUACCCUUCCAUUGGCCAAUAUGCUCUUGAUACUCAUGGAUUUUAUUGGAGACCACCUGUAAACCAUCCCGUUCCAGCAAAUCCAUACAAUUGGACAAUUGGAAGUACAUAUAAUGUCCAAGUGACCUAUCGUGAAUACAAAGGAACGAAUGACCAAAUGGAAAUAUACACGUUUAACAAUAUGAGUCACCCAACUCUUAAGUCCGGACAAAUAAUUUUGGAAAGCAUAGUAGAAAGUCAUGAAAUUCCAUUUCCUGCUGAAAGAAAAUUUAUACAAAAUAACGCAACUAAGCUACACAGCUCCUUGAAAGAAACAUUUAAAGAUAUUCCCCACUUUGUGUUUGGGCACUAUGCACUCACUUUUACGGUAGCGGAUAUGGGAGCUUACGACAAUUCAGAGCUUUGGUUUACAUCCACAUAUUCGAAUGAUGAGUUUGCAGUUAUAGACUUUAAAUCAUUUCGAUUAACUCGUCCAAGUAGGAAUUGCCAUGGUGUAGUACUGAAGCAUGAUGGUGCUGCUAUCGAGGGUGGCUAUGUUGUCUCACUGUCAAUGAAUACAAGUGACGUUUGCAAUGUCGAUCUGGAAAAUGUGCAUUUACUGUUAGCCCACGAAGAUAUGUUAGAGGCUUAUGAAGUAAAGUACGAAGACCAGAGUAUAGAAGCGACAAGUGUGAUUUAUUCAACACGCGAAGCAAAGAUAACAUUUGAUCGAUUUUACAUGAGGUCAAUUAUCGACAUAAAGAUAUAUUUCAGAUUUACAGGCACAGUUUCCAGGAAAACAGCAAUCAUGUCAGCAUUGUUGUACACUGGAUUUGCAAAUAAUAUAUCCAGUGUGAAAAAAGAAGAAAAGAUUUUUACUACAUUGACAAAUCUACAGUAUGGGAUAGGCUUUUAUGUAUUAUCCACUGACACUUCCAAAUGUCUAAAUACAAACCCAUCAAAUGAUGGACUGGUGCUUGAUCUUUUAUGCUCGUACUUCAGAGCAAUACCACAUAACUUGCUCCAUGAAAGUGGAAAAUGUGCUAGAGUGACUGCAACUGAGACGAUAUUGGAAGAGUGCAACAAGACGAGAAGGCUUGAAAUUCGAGAAAGCAGAAUCCAUUUACCAGAUGGACAGCAAAUGGCUCAUUCUUCGACGACAGUGGAUUCACCUAUCAUCUCUGCGACACCUGAUUCAACUGGCACUACUUUAAAAAGAACUUAUGAUAUUCCUAAUUACAUAUCCAAGUUAAAAGAAAAAGAGAGGGCUCCAUGUCAUCCUUCUUUAAAGGAUAUAACAAUUAUAUCAAAUGGAACGCAGCUCAUUGUGUGCAGUAAUACACAAAGACAAUCGCGUUGUGUUAAUUACAACUCAGAUCUGAAAAGGUUUUCAAGAUACACACCGCAAUUACGAAAUAUCAUUGCUUAUGACAACAUCACGGAUACUGUCUUUGGAAAAGACAUGAAUGGUCACAAUGUAUUGAUCAAGAAAAGACACAAUGAAAGAAAAUUAUUCUACACAUCACCAGUUACAUGGAAUCGACUUUUUACAGCAUCAACUGUAGUCAUGGCAAAAUCUUACAGCUAUUCAGAUUUGGCAACUGCUCCAAAAUCAAAUGAAAUUGUGUUUGGUGAUGUUACAUUCGAUGUAACUUAUUACGGAAUAAUUGAUCGAACCUCAGAUGAGUACUUCAUACUUUGGAUUCCAGACGACAAAUGUAACCAAUUCGCUGGUCAAUCACAAAUUUUGGCACUUAGGACAUGUAUAGAAAUCAAGAAAUACUGUCCACAAGUGCAAAAUGGCUUCUUCUACAUUUAUGGAGUCGUAGAUAAGUUGACUACAUCGAAAGUUUACUGCGAUAUGGAGACAGAUAAUGGUGGCUGGGUUGUGAUUGCUAAUUACACUGUUCGCAAUGGAGUGCAUGGUGAUAUAAGCAACAAUCAAACUGACAUAUUAAACGAUGUCGCAACAUCUGGCUUCACGAAAUAUUUAUCUAGCAAUAUUGGCUUUUCUAACGUAUUUACGUAUAUUGGACUAAAACAGAUUAGAUUCUACUGUUACACAGAUAAGCCAGGUCGCACUUUGCAUACAAGAUCUUUGUAUACCUCUGAAAUGGUUAAUGCAUUUGUUUGGAUGAAAGGUUCAACAUCAACACAAUAUACUGUUUGCAACUCUUUCCAAAUGUAUCCAGAUGACACAUCGCAUUUAUCACGACGUUGCAGUGAGUGGGGAAACAAUGGUAAUAAUGCAGGGGGUGGCUACUAUGGUUACACGGGGGACCGGUCUAAUCAUUUGUAUAAAUAUCCCAUUCAUAUUGCAUUUAAAAACCUACAUUGGUUCAUUGGUUUCAACAACAUAAAUGUGUGUGACGAGUGUGUGGAAAAAUCAAAUACGGUGACGUAUGGAGAUUGGAUAAUAUACGUACGAUGACAACAAACUCUUUUUAUUAAGAAAUCACAAUAUAAUAUAAUGUGCUAAGUGCCUCCAUAUCAAAAAGUUGUCCAAGAUUGUAGUAUUCAUAUCCCGAGUAUGUGUUAAAUUGUGGUUUUAGUGUAGAUCAAACUUCGUGAAAAGACGACCCUUGUUCAUUUUAUAACAAAAUUACAAUUUCACAUGGCACAAAAAAAUAAAAUUAGGGAAGAAAUGAUUCCCCAAAGGUAACAACACGAAGGUAAGACAUUAUCAAAGCAGGCAUUUGCACAAAAUUUUCUCUGUUUAAUCAUUGGAUGAGUGAUAUUAGACUCCUUUAAAAACGUAUUCGUGUUGUCCUUCCAAUUAAUGUUUUGCUUUUUAUUAACAAGCUUAAAAAUGUUUCGUUCGAGAAAGCAAUCGAUAACAUGAUAACAGAUCGUAAUUGGCGUGAAAGGAAGAACAACGUUUAAGUUAAAAAUGGCUGCUGUGUAAAAAAAAUCUAAAUUGUAAAAGCUAAAAAUAGCCAUAACAAACAAAAACCGCCUUUUGGUCUUCGGAAUAUUCUAAGCUGGUUAUUUAAACACUCGGAAUAAACCACUUGAUUUUUUUUUAACUUUCUUAACAUUUUUUACUAAAUUUAUUGUGCUUCUGAUCACAAAAAAACAUUUGUUGAUAAUUUCAUUAUAAAGGCUAGAAAAAACUUUUUUGACGAAAGCACCUGGACGAAUCCGUUAAUGUACAUUUCAUAUCAAAAAAUAAUUUGUUGUCAAUCUCAAAUAACCAUUUAAAACUUUAAAAAAUUUUAAAAUUUAUUGUAUGCUUCUAUCACAAAAUGAUCUGUUGUUUUAUAUAAAAGACAAUUAAAAAAUCAAUGAAAACUUUGAAACGAAAUAGACAACAAUAAUAAAAACAUUAAUUAACCGUAUUUAACCCGAACUAAUGAAAUCAUGUUGUUUUAUCACAUAAUUUGUCCCAGCCAAUUAAAAUCGUAAACAGAACUUUUAUAAAAUACAGAACAUUUUUAUAGGGGAUGUUUUGCAAACGCUUUUAAAGAAAAUUGUAAAAAUAUAAUCGACUUUGCCUGUUACAGACAGACAUACCGGCACAGUAUCCAUUUUAUUAUAAGAGUCUUUUUUUGCUAAUUUUUACGUUUAUAGUUUUUAGAGGUCCCAGUCAGUGCCACGUGGAAAAAUCCACGAUUUUGCACGUCCUUUUUAUACCGCAUUGAGUGCGUCUCGCUACUUGCGGUACCAUUUUGCUUGACGAACAAACAGACGUAUACAGGAAUUAUAAUAUAGACUAGUGAGUAUUCGUCGACCUUCAUAUAUCGCAUUUCGUGUUUCCGCAACAUGACUUUUUUCUCGUGCACAGACAGACAGACAGUACGGUUAUUAUUAAAGAGACUAAUCGGUUUCACCCGUCCUUUAUCUAUAGCAUUGUUUUCAAAUUUGUGUUUUCGAAACAAAACUUUUUUCUCGCGCACAAACAGACUAUUAUUAAAGAGAUGGAUAUAGAAUUUUUUUGUCUAUAGCACGUUUUAUCAGUACGAUAUUUAAUAUAUGACGAUCUCUACAUCCAGAUGGGAAUUGUAAAGAAUUGCGUGUGGUGUAAACCCUAUUAUACCUGACUGUGGCAGGCAUAACGUUUGUUGGGCGCGUGAUUUCUAACUUCUAUCGGGGCUUGUGAUGAAAAAUUUUAAACUUAGAGGAGCUAUUGCAUUCUUGGGACGUAGUGAAUUUUUUGCUGUCAUUAAUUCAAGAGUGUUGUAGCCAAAUUUGAAAGAGAUAUGUAUCCAGCAGGAAUGACGUCAAUUCUGAUCCCAAUGACGUCAUUAUAUUUUCCCUUACCUUGACCAUUUUUAAUGCAAUGCAUAUGUCUUAACUUUAAUGACAUUGACGUCUUUUUGUAUAAAUCAUUAAAUUAGCAAACAUUUCUGCAGAUGUGACGUCGUUUUGGUCCUGAUGACGUCGUUAAAAUUUUUUUCCUUAUAUCCAACAUUUUUUAAGUAAACUGUUUACAAGUCUCGCAAUAAUCAAAGUUGAAGCAUCAGUGACAAUUAGCAUGUUAAGGUAUAUUGGAUGACGUCGUUUCCCGAUCCCUGUGACGUCAUUAAACCAAUCUUCUGCCUUGAAUAAGUUUGCAUUAAGACAAUCAUAAGGUGUACUGUACCCCUUCACCUUUUACAGAUUUAUAAUGCCAGAAAAAAACAGGUAUAAUAGGGUUACAACGGUAUUCAUUGCCCUUUUAUUCAUCACUUCACAUUUCUUAGUAAUUGUAGUAAUUUAAUUUAUUUAUUUAUUUUAUUCUAUUUUGUGGUUUACGGUUUCACACAAAAAUUACACUUUUUCACGGCACAAAAGAUAAAAUUGUCGAAGACUAGUUCAUUUCCCAAGGCUGGCAUUACAAAAGUAAGACAUAUCAUCAGAGCAGUCAAGCACACAAAUUGUUCUUCUAAACGUUAAUUAUUUGAGAAAACAAUCGAUAACAUUGUGUGAGGGAAAAAGGAACAUUUUAAUUCAAAAUGGCUACUUGCUUUGAGGAAAAAAAAUACAAAAAUAAGCUAAACGAAAUUUUCCUGAUUUUUUCAAGAAAAAUAUCUCAUCUAUUUUUCCUUUUUGACUCGCUUUUGACAAAGAACUUAGUAUAUCUUUCAUCGUACUACAUUUACAUGAAAGUUAACAGCCGAUUCAAAAACUCUUAACUAUCAUCUAAAUAACGAACGAAUAUAUUAGAGAAUGACUAUAAGCUUCAGUAUGGGAGGUGAUUUUGUUAACCACGUUAUUGUAUAUAACUUUUUGUACACAAGUUAGAGUGUAUCUUAAUAAAAUUAAUCUUUAACAAGAA